GACUAAUAGAAAAUUCUUAUCGAUGUAAUUAGGUAUAUCCGUCGUGAAACCUAAAUUUUCCUAGCGAACAGUGUAUCACGUAGCAGUUGCGAACAUGUCGAAUGCAAGAAUUUAUUUGAUAACUUUCGUAGUGUGUUUGGCCCAAUUAAAUGCGGACCUGUUUUUGGAAUGGACGUCACCGAUGAUAACAAAAUCCUCAGUCAACGACUUUCCUUUCGAAAUCGCUAUCGACGAAGCCUCCUGGAUAGUAUCUUCAUUAAAACUUGGAACAGCGUUCGGUUGCUUUCUUUCGAUAUUCAUAGUUGACUUUCUAGGCAGAAAAAUUUCGAUAUUGCUUACUAUUAUUCCAACUUGCUUAAGUUGGUUAUUAAGAAUAUGGAAUCCAUCGAUUCUGAAUCUGUACGUGGCCAGUUUCAUAGGCGGGAUUGUGAGUGGCAUAAUUUUCACGAGUGGCUCAAUAUUCGUGACAGAGAUCUCUCCUGCGCACAUUCGCGGUGCCUUGUGCAGUUGCUUCGUAUUAAUGCAUUAUUGCAGUAAUCUUUUGGGCUGUGUAGUCGGCUCAUUUAGCACCGUGUACCAAUAUUCUUACGUGGCAAUAUCAUUGGCAAUGCUGCAAUUUCUGAUAUUCAUUUGGUGCCCUGAAACUCCUUAUUAUUUGCUGCGCCGAAAAGAAUUCGCAGCUGCCAUGGAUUCUUUGAUAUUCUUGCGCGGUUCGGGUGACGUUGCCGAGGAAAUGGAUUCUAUUAUUAGAGCGGUCGAAUCCAAUCCUCGAUGCAAUGGGAUAUUGUCUUCUAUCUUACACUUAAUUUCUGAGUCAGGAGGAAAAGCUGCGAUCUUAAUCGGCGCAGGUGUAAUGACGGUGCAAGCGUUCUCAAGUUCGAUUAUUCUUAUCAGUUACGCCCAAACGAUCUUCGAGAAGAUCCACGACGUUCAACUGCAGGGGGUCUACACCAGCAUCGUCUUAGCAACGGUGUAUCUGAUCUCGUAUCUUAUGUGCAUUAGCUUGGUGGAUCGUUUAGGAAGACGACCUCUAAUGGUUAUAUCCACCAUAGGCGUUUCUAGUUGCAGUUUCCUUUUGGCUGUCUACUUCUGCAUGCAAGAGAACGCCGUAGAUACCACGAAUCUUCGGCUGUUGUCCUUCGUAGCAGUAUUAUUUUACACGAUAAGCUCCUCUUUAGGAUUGGCCAGUGUACCUUUCGUUCUUGUAAACGAAAUAUUUCCAAUCUACGCGAAAGCAACGUGUAUCAGCUUCUGUUUUUGCAUAAAUUUCGUAUGGUCGUUUAUCGCGUUGCGUGUCUGGAGUGAGAUCAUGUUCGAACACAACGCAUAUUCCCUUAUCUUUUGGUUUAUUUCCGGUCUGAACACGUUCAGUAUCUUCUUUCUAGUGUUUUACUUUCCGGAAACGAAAAGAGAAUCGUUAUUGCAAAUUAGGAAGAAUUUUAUCGAGGGAAUGAAAAAGUGAUUAAUCAGGCCAUUAUUUUGGUUGAAAGGUGUAAUGAGUCAAGAAGCUUGAAAUUUCACGAUUAAUUACGAGAAGAUGUCGUCGUCGAAAAAUAAAAAUAGCAUCUAUUAAAAAACCACAUAAAUUAUUUAUUGAAAAUGUUAGAACAACCUCUUAAAAGUCCAUUUUGGAACCUAUGUAAACAGGUACUGCGACACAUAUUGUAAUUUACAGUAAUAUGUACAUUUAAGGAUACGAACAGUCUGGAAAUCGCCGAGUUCAUAUCGAAAUUUGGAAUCGUACAUACUUUACUUCGUAGCGGGUGAAUUUCGAGCAGCGUAAUCCGUAAUAGAAACUAGGGAACAAGCAUUGUAACUCGACAAUGGUGUAGUCGAAUCGAUACGAAAUAAAUAAU